GCUCUAAGACAGAGACACCAAGGAGGUGUACUUCCUGUGUUUCGUGAGAGAAGAAUGGGGCAGGAGAGCGACGAGGAGAGUUGUGUACUUUUUAUUGCCAGGAGGGGUCCACACAGACGAUCACAUCGGCAGUAGAGAGGAGGGAAAAGGCCUUAAGUAGCGGACAGACUCAACAUACUUUAGUUUGAUUUAUCAGAGUUCCGUUCUCUGUUCAGCAACAGCGACUGAGAGGACAAGAAGAGAGAAGGAGGAGGGGAAAGAUAAGUGUCAAUCUGUUGAGACCUGUUUGGGAAUUUGAGGAAGGAGGAGAGGUGGGGACAGACAGAGAGAGGGAGCAAGAGGAAAAAGCAAGGAAGUCUCAGGUGUAAACAUUAAGUUUUCACAAGAGUUAAACUAUUGAGAGAAAAAGAAAAAGGCAGUUUUGAUUCAUUGUUAUGUGAAUACAUGGAAUGAAUGCUUGUGUGUUGUGCAAUCCCAUGCUUUUGAGCUGAGUUGGCUCGGGGGGAGAUCACAAAUCUCCCCAGGAUACUACAUUCAGGUUCUCCAAAUUAUGAUACUAUGGGGACCAAAAGGCCCAGCUGCACCAUCUUUGACACUGUAUCUAACAUAAACACAUCUGACCGCAAACUUCAGUCAGGCGGAAAAAUCUCCCGGGAUCCAAGUCCCAGGCCAGCGAUGACUGCCCAGUCGGAGCGAGAGAGAGACAGCAAACAAGAGGAAGACCGGAGGAGAGAAAGAGAAACAGAGAAAAUGAGACACAAGGCAAGAUACAAAGAUAUAGACCCUCGGGAGAGAUACUACGAAAGUUACCGAGCUCCAGCGCCCUGGCCGAGAGAGGGGGAAAGAGAGUGGAGGGAGAGAGAAAGGAGGCAAGAAAAUGACAGAAGCAGAAACAAGAAGCUGCUGUUGAAUGUAGAGAAGGAGACUGAGAGAGAUGUAGAGAGGGGGACGAAGAAAGGCGACACAUUUCCCAGAAUGAGAAAAAGCAGCGCAGAUCGUGGCAGAAGAAUGCUGGCCACCACUGAGAUGCAUGAAGAGAGAGGGGAAAGGAGGCAGAGAGAUAGGCCAAAAAGAGUAGAGCCAGAUGACUGGGAGAGAGAAAGAGAGAGGGCACGGCAGAGAGAGAGGUACAGAGAGAGGGAAAGAGAUGAGAUGCGAAGCAGGGCAAAAGAAGAUGGAACAAACACCGGACGAAGACCUGUAGAAGAUAGGAAAUCACGACAGAGGGAAAGAUAUCAGGAGUCUGAUGUUGGUUUUCAAGACAGGAGAAGAGAAGUGGGUGAUUCACGGGACAGAAGAGAAAGGGAUGCAGCUAGAAAAAGAGAAAAGCCAAGGCCUAACACAGGAAAGAGGGAGGUCAGGGUGCCUUCUCCACACAGAAGAAGAGACAGAGAAAUCUACUCAGAUAGUAAGGAGAGAGAAAAGGCACACAGGAAAGAGGGAAGGAGGGACACCAGAAGUGAAGGAGACAGUGACGACAGAGAGCUGAAGAGGGAAAGAGCGAGGGCCAGAGAGAGGGCGGAGUUGACAUAUCAACACAGCAGAAGUGAGGGGGACAACACGGGCAAUACAGAGAGUGAGAGAGAUCAAGAUAGGCAGGGAUACAUGGAAGAGGACAGACAGAGAUACAGAGACAGGGACAGAGAAAGAGAAGUGGAUCGAUCCAGGAGGAGGGUAGUGGAGAAGGAUAGGGAGAAGUACAGAGAGGUUGACAGAAGAGCAGAAAUGGGAGGAGAAAGAUGGAAGGAAAGUGUGAGAGACUUGAAUGAUGACAGGAAAGAGGAUGACAGAUACAAAGAGUAUGAGCAGAGGAGACGCAGGGAAAGAGAGGCCGAUCCUAGGUGGGAUGAUACGACAGGCAGAAGCAGCCGAUCUUUGAACGAGACAGCUCCUAGGGUGCCGCCACGAGCCCAGAGCAGCGGAGAGUGGAGCAGCGACAUGGACAGUGAGAUUAAAUAUAGAAGAGGCAGAGACAGUUAUGAAGAGAGGGAAUCAGGGAGAGAGAGCACUACUGGAAGUGACAGAGAUGUAGAUAAACAGAGAAAUCCAGAGAGAUCUGCUGAAAGGAGUCAAAGGGAGCAAAAAAGAAGUGAGAGACAAGAGCGAGAUAGGGGAGAGACGACAGGCGGCGUGCCAGAACAGAGAAGGAUGUGGUUGGAGCCACAGAGGGGUAAGAAUAGUAAAGAAGAAUUUGUAGACAGAGAGAGACACACAAGGGGGGAAGAGAGGAGGAGAGUAAAAGAGGAACCAGAUGACACAUACCAAAGCAGUUACAGGGGAAGACGUGGAGGGAGAAAUCAGUACAGGGGAGACAUAGAGAGGGAGACAGAGGGUGUUAGUGUAGAUGGAGAGGAGGUGGGUGACACCUGGAGAAAAAUAGAUAAGAGAGGGAAGGAACAUCUGUCUGACAGCGAAGGAGGGAUAGAGGGAAGCCGGCAGAGGGAUGCAGAGGGUGAGAACGUGACAUAUAACACAGAGGGGAGUGACAGAGAGGAAGAGGGUGGGAGCGAUUAUUGUGCCCGCUCCGAGAGCGAAGGAGGAAGUGAGACAGGGUGGAAGCAAGAGGGAGACAGAAUGCUGUCAGGAGAAGACGGCUUUGUGACCGUGUCUAGCGGCGGAGACGAUGAGGACGAAAGAGAGGAAGAUGAAGAGGAGGAUUUUGAAGACUGUCAGGAAUUCUGGGAAGGUGGAGUUAUAUAUGAGGGCCCCUCACCUGUUGCUGUUAAGGGGUGUGAGGGAGACAAGGAGAAAGAAGAGGAAUGGACAAUAGGAAAGGAGGAGGCGGUGGAUGACGAGGAACAGGGGAGGGAAAAGCAGCCAAAGUACGUCUUCUGUGUGAUUGGGCAAACGUUGCCCCGAUCAGAAAUCAACAAGAGGUCACCAUCACAAGUUGAUCAGAUGGGAGGAGUGGAAAAUGACAAGCCAAAUUUAGAAAGCUGUCAUCAUAGAAAUGAUGAAUACCCAAUCAUCAACAACCUGGCCACAGAGAACAAGAGUGAGUAUAACGUGCCAAGGGAGGAAAGGGCAGCCAUGGGAGAAAUAGCUGAAGUGGAUAUCAGAUAUGGAGUCUCGUCAGAGCUUCAAAACACAGAGACUGAAGAGGGAAUGAGGAGCAAAAAGGAGCACCCGUAUGCUGAAAUAGGGACAGUUAAAAGAGACUCACGGACUGAAAAACUCCUUAUAGAGUGGAGAGAGAAAAAUAAAGAAGGGCUGGAAAGAGAGCAAUUUUCACCAGUCCCGACUAAUCCCUAUGCUGAUGUUUGUUCUCAGGUGAUGUUUGAGCAAAUUCAACCCAUCUUGGAUGGGAUUAACACUGGAGUAAUGAGCCCAGAGGAGGUGGAGGCCAUUCGGAUCCGAAUGAGCGGGGCAUGGAGCAUGUCCGAGGAGCCCAAGCGGCAUUCCCAAGCCCCCCACCUUAAAUGGGCCAAAAAUGUAGUGCGGGAGAUUCUGGGACGCUCAGAGGAACAGACUGUGGAUGAACCUAAUGCAGAGGUACAAGCAGAGCAAGGGGUUGACCAAUCUGAGGCAUCCAUCAAGAAUGCCAAGCAACAGGAGGAGGCUGCACAAGGGACUGGAGAGAUGCCUGUUGUUAAGUUGGAAACGGACAAACAGCAUUCAGAGCCAGCUCUAGAGGAGGAAGAGCCGUUGGAGGUGGAGGGAUUGAGAGGUAUGGGGCAGAGCCAAGCUGACAUGCAUGCUGACCAGUUCUCAGCUAUGCAUGGUGACGCACCUACAUACACUCAUGCUGACACACUGUUAGACACAGAAGGGAAGGAGGAUCACAGUAUGGACAAAGAGACUGAGCCUUCUGGUCAGCUUCAGUCAGAAAUGGCAGAAAUAGAGGUGAAAAUUAGUGAAGAGGUAGGUGAUGAGGUUAGGUUAUCAGAAAUGGAAAAAGAAGCAAGCAGAGAGAAAGAAGUUGAGAUGUAUUUAUCUGUGAGCAACACGCUGUAUAAGCAUAACAGCUGCCCCAUUCUUAAUUAUGAAAGUGACUCUGACCUCCUCAUUCCCUCCAGAGGAGGCGAGGGCCAGGAGGUUGAAGACAGAAUGGGUGAAAGUGAAGAAGAAAAGCAGGGAGAGGAGCCUGAAGAGAGGGGUAAUGCAGAGGAGGUGGAAAAGAUGAGGGAUGGAGAGGGAACUGAGGUGGCUAGCAGAGAGGGAGAGGUGGUGGCAGAAAGCAAAAUAGAAAGGGGGACUCUGACGAGCAGCUGCAGUUUCCAAGAUUUGGGUCCUGAGGCUCGAUUACGAAGAAGAGGGAUCCGUAAAACCACUGAAAGAAGAAAUGGAGAGCUUGUAGAAGUGGAAGAAGAGGAAAGUGUUGGAAGGGAUCGCAGAACCAGAAUAUUCUCUACAACAGAUGAUGAGGAUGAUAGGAGCAAAAGCUGGGGAGAAGUAGAGCUGAGGAAUGUUUUGGACACAAUCGACAGACGGAAAAGGAGCUCAAAGUUUUUCAAUGCUGCCCAGCUCUACCAGCAGUACAGCGAGGCCGCUCAGAACUUUGAGAUCCUGCGUCAGGCUCGCUCUGAUGUCAUCUCUGUAUGCGGGGACGCUACCCAGUCUCCCGCUCCCUCACCUCCUCCUGCCCGCAGACCUCUUCCUCUCCUACCUUCUGUCCUGCACUCCCACUUCUUGUCCCACACAUGCUCCAUCACCAGUGUCAAAAGCUUGCCUCUCCCUGAGCCCCCCAAGAGUGAAGGCAGGCCUUCCUCCCCACGUCUAUCCAUUUCUCUCUCACAGUCAACCACACUGUGGCGGGAGCUGCCGGCGGUCAGGAACAGUGCUGAGCUGGAGGGGCUCACAGAGGACCAGAGGCGACUACAGGAGGUAAGAUUUGAAGUGGUGACCUCAGAGGCCUCCUACUGCCGGAGUUUGGACAUUGUUGUUGAACACUUUGUUAAGUCCAAACAGCUGGGGGCGCUGUUGACCACUCAGGAUAGGAAUUGGCUCUUUUCCCGGCUGGCUGAUGUUCGUGCCAUCAGCCACAGUUUUUUAUCAAAGCUGGAGGAGCGGGUGGAAUCAGACAUCAUGUCUUUCACCGUGUGUGAUAUCAUUGCUCGGCACUGUCAGCGCUUCAAAAUGGUUUAUGUGCCCUACCUCACCAACCAGUCCUAUCAGGACGCCACCUAUCAGAGACUCAUGAAUGAGAAUCCAGGGUUCAAGCGGAUUGUGGACAAAUUAGAGAGGAGUCCAGUUUGUCAGAGGCUUCCUCUUCGUUCCUUCCUUGUCCUUCCUUUCCAAAGGAUCACAAGACUUAAGCUGCUGGUCCAGAACAUUGUGAAGAGAACAACUCCUGGUACUGCAGAGGCGACUCAGGCCAUCAAAUCUUUGAAACUUCUGGAAAAGCUGAUUCAAGAGAGUAAUGACAGCAUCACUCAGAUGAAAAGCAUUGAGUCCCUGGUCUCUCUCAGUGCUAAGGUGGACUUUGAGUGCAGGACUCUUCCUCUGAUUAGUCAGUCUCGGAGGUUGGUGCGGGAAGGGCCAGUCACUGAACUGAUGGAUUUCUCUCUAAAGGAAACAGAGAGGAAUGUUUACCUGCACCUAUUCAAUGACUACUUGCUACUUUCACAACAAAAAGAAGGGAGAUUCACAGUAAUAGACCACUCCCCUGUAUCAGACCUGCGUGCAGAGAACUGUCGUGUCAAACUUCACUCCCUCCAGAAGAACCUGUUCCGGCUGCACAUGACGCACAAAGCCCUGCUGCUACGGACUGACACACAGAGUGAUAAGCUACGCUGGAUAUCCGCUCUUUCCCAGCCACAUCCAGAAACAGAUUUUUCUGCUGCACAAGAUUUUGGACAGAUGCAGUGUAUCCGAGCUUUUGUUGCCCAGCAACCUGAUGAGUUGUCGUUGGAAAAAGCUGAUGUCAUUCUAGUACACCAACAAAGCAGUGACCAUUGGGUAGAGGGGACCAGACUGUCUGAUCGGCAUCGUGGAUGGGUGCCCGGUUCCCAUUUGGAAACCAUAAGCAGCUCUAGAGCCCGAGAACGCAACCUGUCAGAUGCUCUAAAACUGACAACGGCCACAGCUGCUGUUUGACCAGGACGCUCAGAGUGGGACUAAACUGACUGACGUCCUGGAUGCACCGUAAAGGAGAAGACUCUCAGUCUGCUUCAAACUGCUGGAAAUUAGACUAAGGACAUUCAGUGCUCCAAAUGAGAUUUCAUUUAUUGAACUGUUCAAGAGUGCAGCAACUGAAAUGCUGUAAGAAUGCAUCUCAAUGUAGCAUUGGGUCUCACAUGUUUCACUCAGUGGAACAAUAUAUUGCCAUAUGUGAACUGCUGAGGCCUGCCUGAAAGACAUUAAGGACAUUGUGACUCUAUUAACUGUUAUAUACAGUACAUUACAAACAUUGUGUGUACUAUAAUACAUCAAGAAACUGGUGUUUUAAGAAAAACAGUUUUAAAGGGAUAUUACCUUUUCCAAGAAAUUUUAUUUUUGGAAAAUGUAUUAUUAUUUGUGUAUACUGAACAGAAUCUAACAGUUGAGUGAUUGAUGCAUGUCUAUUGAAGAGAUGGCCCCUGCAUGCAGGAGAGCUGACAGAAAUAAUGUGCAAUGUACAAGGCAAUUCAAAGAUGUACAUAGCUUACACAGUGAGGACAUUUCAAAAAAUUCAUAUUGGUGGAAUAAAAUCACUUUUGAACAUA